GCUCGAAAAAUUGAGACAUAUUGCGCGACAUAAAUUGCAGAGGUUGAUCUUCUUCAAUGACUGCUGCUGAAAUCCAAUUUCUCGGUGGAAAGAAGAUGCAGAAUCAAGAUGAUGUUCGGAACCUGCCGAUCGACAUCGCAUCCGGUCGUCUCGGAGAAUGGCUUGUUGAUCGAAGGAGGAUUCCUAUGGAUUGGAGGAAGCGAAUGGUGGCUGUGAGGUCGAAGAUUUCGUCGUCAUUUACUUCGCUGCCAAAAGACAUUGAUCCGUUUUUCCAAACCCUCGACCCUGAAGGGAUUGGCUACUUGGAAGCCAAAAAGAUACUGGAAAUUCUCUUAAAAUCAACUCCGGAAAGCCGAAACAUUUUUGGUCGGCUUUCAGGUGCUGCUGGUGAUUGGGAGACAAUAGUGCGGGCAUAUGAGAAAGAUCAUAUUUUUCUUGGUGAGGCUGCUCAAAUAAUGACCCAAAAUGUGAUCUAUGAAAUCCCUUAUCUGAAGAAGCAAGUUCAAAAGUGUCAACAGCAGCUUGCUGAAUUAGAUCGGAAAGAAGCUGAUACAAAACGAAAUGCUGCACUUUCAGCUGCAAAGUAUGCAGAGGCAUGCCAGGAGCUAGGGUUGCAGGGUGUCAAUGUCAGGUCAGAGUUGUUAGAAACAGCCACGACAUUACUUCCAGUCACUUUUAGUAGGAUUUUAGAAGUAUUGAAUAGUGACUCAGUUUCAAUGACCAUUGGUUUCUAUUCAAUGUUCGUGAAAGACGUUCAUACAGAGAAAGAUAAAAUUCAUGGUCCUGUGUUGCCAAACUUGAUUUAUGUUCGCCAAAAUCCCCCAUCUAUUACUGUUUCUGCUAGUCCUGAAGUAUUUGCUAUUAGUUCUCAAGAUUGCCCUGAGCCUGUGCCCACAGCAGAGGGUGGAGAAACUACAACCGACAGUAUUGACUGGGAUAUUACUUUGGAGAGCUCUCAGAUUGAUUGGGAUAUUGGUACUGUGGAAACAGAAGAGAAUGGCAAUGGAUUAGGGGGUCCAUUUGAAAUUGUUAAUGCUAGUGAUAUUUCUCUAGAUUCUCCACAUAAAAAUGGCAUUGAGACUCAUAAGAUUACUUGGGAUGUAACUGUUGAGAAUCCACAUGUUACUGAACCUGAUGACACCAGGUUAUCUAGUACGAUCACAGAUUCUGAUUCAACCCAGCAUUAUUAUAAAAAUGAAGAAACAGGAAGUGGCCAUGACAGGAGUCAGCUAUUGGAGACAGAGUACCGAACUAAGAUUCUUGAUGAUUUAUUUGAGGCAAAAGCAUUCCUGAACCAGAGAUUGCUUGAAUUAACAAAUGGUGAAACCUUAUCUCUGCAACAUCAAAUCCAAGCAGUAGCUCCAUUUGUGCUACAGCAAUACACUCCCGAUUCUAUUCAGUCAAUGUUGUCCGACAUCUCUCUGGCUAUUUCAUUACUGACAAAUAGGAAAACCCGAGACUUGAUUUUGCUACUCAACUCCAGAAGAUUUUUGGAUCGUUUGGUGAGUACUUUGGAAGAAAAGAAACAUCAUGAGACCAAGCUGAAGGAAGGGUUAAAGGACCUUUAUAACAAACGACUGGAGUUGCAAAAUUCACUGUCAUCCUCCUGGCCAAAACAAGAAGCAGCCCUUGUGAAAACCAGGGAGUUGAAGAAACUUUGUGAGGAAACACUUUCUAAAUUGUUUGAUGGUCGGCCUGUCCAUAUUAUUGGAGAGAUUAAUUCAUUGUUGAGUAGUGGCUUAGGUGCAUAAGUUAUUGCACUGGUCAUCAUAGGUGACAACAACAAAAAUGGUUUACACUGCAUAAAACUUGUUCCUGCUACCAUUGCCAUUGGACAGUUCUUGCAGUGUUGAACAAUAACUGCACAGUACUGCAUAUGUAAAAUUCAGUGAUUGUGUUUCAAAGAUUAAAAUGUCUCUAA